UCAUUUAGACCGCCGUCAGAAAAGUUUGAAAAUUGCUGGCGAAAUGUUGCAAAACGACGCGGUGCGGACUUUGCAAUACGACAGUGAGAUCCGAGUGGCUCAACAGCCAAGUCCCUCAGAACCGAGAGUUUACGACUCCCAUAUCAGCAUUACUUCACAACCCAGGCCGGAGGCUCCUCGCAUCCCGCUGCCGGUGCCGAUUGCCACGGUUACGGGCCGAACAUUCAUCCCACUUUCCGGAUACGAUUGCCUUGCAGACCUGCCGUCGGUACAUAUUGAACAGACCUUUGAGCUCAAUGAUGCUCUGACAGCUGUCUCUUCGGAGAACCGAUAUGUGGUGCGAUCCCCACUGGGCGACGCCAUCUUCGCGGCCAGCGAGAGCUCCACAGAAAAGAAUCGCAUAGUUUGGGGAGCUGGACGGCCCUUUCAGAUGCACCUUCUGGAUAAAACGCACCAGGAAGCUCUGGUCUUCCGCAAAAAACUAGCCCUAGGAUCGCUGUGCUGCCAGCCAAAAAGUCUGGAGAUUUGGAUACCACCUGGUAAUGUGCUGGGUAGAGUGGUGCAGUCACCCACUUUCAUGCAGCCAGAGUUCUUUAUCGAAGAUGAAACCACGGGACAACCAGUAUUUUGUGUGGAGGGUCCUGCUAACUCGGGAUUCUGCUGCUUCUGUUUGCCCAGAGAGUGUUACUUUAAGAUCCAUUCAGGCGGCAAUAUGAGGGCUUCCAUAGACCACAAAUGGCUGGCCAGCAAGUCGCAGUACACAACGAAUAUUUACUUUAGUGAUGUCAAGCUAACCGCCAAGGAGCGGGCUUUGAUACUGGGAUCAGCCUUCCUUCUGGAAUAUCUGUACUUCCAAACCCGAUUUUGAUGUGAUUCACUAACAAUAAACAAAUAAGCGUUGUAUAUUCA